AUGACUUUAUAUCGUUUGAUCUUGCUUGGCUCAAUGGGCUCCUUGCCCUUGAGUCUGGCAUUUCCCCGCCUCAACAUUCCUCGGCAAGUCGGGAAUGCGACGGGCGUUGCGCCUGGCAUCGCACCUGGUAAUGCGACUGCUCCCGGUGUUGCCCCUGGAACUGCCCCUGGAACUGCUCCUGCCACUGCCCCUGCUACAGCUCCUACUGCCCCUGCGGCUGUAGCUCCUCCGCCUGUCGUGACAUAUUCCACAACCCAGGCCCACACUCCGUACACUGGGGUACCGACAACGACUGGGGCACUCAGUCUUGGCCCUAUCGGCCCUGGCAUUUCGCCCUUGGGCAUUCCUCCGGAGGCUACCACCUACCCUAGUGAUGGCCAGCUUCAUAGUCCCCAGCCUGGGCCUUAUAUCCCAGCAGGGGGCGUGGGGACGAAUGGGACUACCCCUGUUUAUAAUGCAAAGAGUGACUUUGACUACGAAUCUUUGGCCCUUGCGUUGUACCAAGAGUACAUCGAGCUCGACCUCUUCCAUGAUGGACUGGCACGCUUCUCUGUUGACGACUUCACUGCUGCGGGGUUGACAGCGGAGGAUCGUUUCUUGAUCGAGUUCAUGGCGGAUCAGGAAGUCGGCCAUGCGACCAUGUUGACCAACAUCUUGGGCGCAGAGGCACCCAGACAGUGCAACUAUGUAUACCCUUAUACCACAGUUCACGAGUUCUUGGAUUUCUGCCAGAAGCUUACCCGCUUCGGAGAGGCCGGUGUGUAUGGGUUCUUGUCCCAUCUGGACUCGCGCGAAGCAGCGAGUCUUCUCACUUUGUCCAUCACCACGGAGGCUCGCCAGCAAAUGAUCUUCAGGCAAUUUGAGGGACUCUUUCCCAUGCCAGUCUGGUUCGAGGUCGGUGUUCCUCAGUCAUGGGCUUGGACUUUGCUUGCUCCGUAUAUUGCCUCUUGCCCAGAAGGCCAGACACGCCUCGCUUGGCAAAACUUCCCAGCACUGUCUAUCCUGAACCAGCCGAACCCGGUUCGUAUCAACGGCGCUGAUGCUUGGAGGGAGACUAUCACCAAUGGCACAAACGUGUUGAACAGCACGGCGGUCCCCAGCUCGCAAGCUUGCCAGAACAAUGAUGCCGUGGGUAUCAACUGCUCCCCUGCAAUCACCCACAACCGCACAAACCCUCUGUCAUUCCCUGGCCGGGAAGUCUUCCUGUCUUGGGAUGCUCCAGGACAGCCCGUUGGGCCGAACAAUAGCUACGUGACCUCGACUACCGCUGGAGCCCCGAAGUACGUGGCGUGGGUGACGCAGCUGAAUGUGACCUACUCUGAGUUGACUCUCAAUGGCUCGAGAUCUGGAUCGACAAUUCAGCCCAAUGUUGAGACCUACGCAGGUGAUCCGGCCGUGAAUGGCACCAUGUUCAUUGCCAUUACUGAUACGAACCUCUACGUGACCCCGUUCAACAUCACCAUGAUCAACCCUCAUGUGGUCGCUGGGCCGGCUCUCUACCAGUCUGGUUAA